AUGAACAAUCUAAAGUUAACUUUCGAUAAGCUAGAUGUAGGUGCGCUAAACGACCUGGUGGCGCAUGAGAGCUGCGGUGCGAUAUCUCUAUUCGUCGGGACGACACGAGAUAAUUUCGAAGGCAAAACCGUAGUCCUGCUGGAGUAUGAGGCGUACGAAGCGAUGGCGAUCAAGACGAUGAAUUUAUUAUGUGAGGAGGUUCGCGCACGAUGGCCCGAUGUUGUCAACAUCGCCAUACAUCAUCGACUCGGUACGGUUCCUGUGAAAGAAGCCUCCGUUGUGAUAGCGAUAAGCUCUCCGCAUCGAAAAUCAAGUCUCGAUGCAGUGCACUUUACCAUCGAUGAACUGAAGAAAUCAGUUCCCGUAUGGAAAAAGGAACUGUACGGCGAAGGAGAGGGCAGCUCAGAGUGGAAGGAAAACAGCGAAUGCACUUGGUCGCAAAAGUACAAGGACAACCAUAUGCUAUAGCGAAUGAAAGGGGUUUCGCAAAUCGAACAAAAACAACGCAUGCCAUUGCUCUCGUCCAUGAUCAUAUGCAAUCAUAGAUAGCUGUGGUAGAAAAGGUCACAAGAACAUAAACCAGUAAGGGUUGUAAAAUAAAACUGUGCUUCCAACGUUGCGUGACAUAAGAUGUAUGCUUCUAGAUAAUGGUCAUUUAGAAAUAGCUGAGUCAUGGUAGAGGCGCUCGUUAACUUCCUCUUCAAAUCACGGUGAGCGUAUAUUAUCUUUUCAUUGAUCAAUGAGUUGUCGAUUGUAAUUUCAAUGAGGCUGCCACUACAAGUGUAGUAAGAAGAGCUAUCUGUUUCAAAAACACCC